ACAUCUCCUUCUUCUCCCCCAAAUUCGCCCAAAUCGAUCUCGAAUGCGCGAUUGAAUCCCUAGAAAUCGUCCCGAUUACGAGCCCUAAUUCCUCUUCUUUCUCACUUCCAAUCCUUCUCAUGCUUCUUCUCCUUGCUCGAUCUCCACCUCCUCCUUUAGAUCUCGAAUUGGAAACUCGACUUCCUCUCUUUUGCAUGCUUCUCCCGUCGGACGUCUUCUUAUUAGCUCGUUGUUAUCUCUUUCUCUAUUUGCAGCACUUGGCCUCUGAAAUUAGGGUUUCUUGGGAUCCUUGUCCAAUUUCCGAUCUAUAGUAGUGCUGCAAUGGCCGAUCGGAACCGCCCCCUUACGAUUGAGGAGCUGCCUUCGCACUUGGUCUUGGAGAUUUUGAGCUCCGGCCGCCUCGCCGCUGCUGACCUUGCCAGCUUGGAGGCUUCGUCUCGGAUGUUUAGAGGGAGUAAUGGAGUUCUCCCGAAGGCUUUCCGAUCGAUGGUGGAGUUUGCAGCUUUUCAUUCGUGCGAAAGUCACUUGAUUUUUGCGGCUUUGGCACCGAGUGCGCAGAAGGAGCUGCUUGAUCGGUGUGGCGGAAACUGGAAGAAGGUUCUGAGGUUCUUGCAGUCCGUGGAGCAGUCUUCUGGCAUCGUUGAGACAUCAGCAGGCAAUAUGCAGGUGGCCACUGGAAGUUACCAUACACUUUUGAUCCAUGAUUUUUCAGUUUAUUCUUGUGGAUCCAGUUUAUGUGGUGUACUUGGUCAUGGUCCUGAUACAAAACAUUGUGCGGUAUUUAGUCGUAUUAAUUUUUUCCCCUCACAACGCGUGCUUCACAUUUCUGCUUCUCACAACCAUGCAGCGUUUGUUAUGCAGUCUGGAGAGGUCUUCACAUGUGGGAAUAAUUCCUCAUUUUGUUGUGGUCAUGGGGAAGUGCGGCGUACCAUAUUCAGGCCCACCCGAAUUGAAACUCUUAAAGGGGUUCCCUGCAAGCAGGUUGCCACUGGGCUUAGUUUUACUGUGAUCUUAACCGCCCAAGGUGAAGUUUACUCUUGUGGAAGUAACACACAUGGCCAGCUUGGUCUUGGUGACACUUUAGACAGGCCCACUCCUAAGAAGGUUGCAUGGUUUGCAAGUGUCGGUCGUGUUGUUCAGAUUGCUGCAGGUGCAAGUUACACAUUUGCUGUCACUGAUAAUGGCACAGUUUAUUCUUUUGGUUCAUGCACCAAUUUCUGCCUUGGUCAUGGAGAUCAACAUGAUGAGCUUCUUCCACGUGCCAUUCAAUCAUUUAAAAGGAGGAACAUUCAUGUGGUUCAUGUAUCUGCUGGAGAUGAACAUGCAGUUGCACUCGACUCCAAUGGAUUUGUGUAUACAUGGGGUAGAGGCUACUGUGGUGCACUUGGCCAUGGUGAUGAGAAUGAUAAGACUAGCCCAGAAUUAUUGAUUAGACUUAAGGGUCAUUUGGCUGUGCAGGUGUGUGCUAGGAAGAGGAAAACCUUUGUCCUUACAGAUGCUGGAGCUGUGUUUGCCUUUGGUUGGAUGGGAUUUGGAAGUUUAGGCUUCUUGGACAGGGGAUGCUCUGACAAAGUAAUGAAGCCACGAAUUCUCGAUAGCCUGAGGCCCUAUCAUGUCUCUCAAAUAAGCACAGGCUUGUACCAUACUGUUGCAGUCACAAACAGAGGUCUCGUCUUCGGAUUGGGCGACAAUGAAAGGGCACAACUUGGUCAGGAAUGCUUAAGAGGAUGCUUGAAACCUACUGAAAUUGCUCUUGAGAAAGCAAUUGAUAACAUGGCCAUUGCUGCACAAAGUGGAUGACUGACUAUUUUGAAGUAAUUGUGCUUGUUGUUUAGCUUCAGUUUUCUGUAUCAGUAUCAUCUUAUUCUCA